AUGAGCUACGAGGUAACGGAAGAAACCGCCUUCAAUGGCGACGAUCUGAUGAGCAUGGGUCAGUUCAACAUGACCCAGCCGCUGGAGGACAUGAAGCUGGACAAGAACAUGGUGUGGCUGCUGGUGUCGCUGCUAUCCUCGAUUGUGUGGAUGGUGUACAUCACAUUCUACAAUUCUCGUCUGUUCGGCUGUAUCAUCACGAAGCUGGCCAAUCGGUUGUAUGUGCGUGGUGCCUACUUUAAAAUCGGUUCCCUGAACUUAAAUCCCUUGGCGGGAAAGAUCAUGUUUCGGGACGUAGUGUACGUGUGUUUCGAUUAUACGGUCCGCGUGCAGGACGGUUACUUCAUAUUCCGUUGGUGGCGUUCAUACGUUCCCAAGGACGUGUCGGAAGAUUUGUCUCACUCAGACACGCGACUUUCAGUGAUGUUGAACGGGUUCGAGGUGCACAUCUACAACCGGUCCGAUCUGUACGCCCGCUUGGAGAAAACGUUCGGACUAAAACCGUCCGUACUAGUUCCGACGGAAGACAUGAACGCGGAGGAGAUAGAAAAGUUCAAAGAGCAAAUCAUGAACGAUGAAAACCAACGCCACAUCAGUGAAGCUUCGGCAAAGAUUAAAAAACCACGGCCGGAAGCAAUGACGGCAACAACAUGGCGAGAUCUUAUCCCGGUCAUCAAGAUCGACAUCUGUUCUGGGCGGUUUGCUUUCGGGAAUCGCCUUACGCCGACAACGCUCUCACUGUGUGUCGAAGAAGCGCACUGCGUUUACAGUACGAAACCGGCCGUUUCAAAGUUAGACCACUUUAUGCACUUCGUGAAGGCGAAAGUGGAAAACGCGAAGGUGCUGCUUGCACCGAGUCCCAAAUUUACCGGCAUGGUGGAUGAGCCACCACGGUACAUGGGAGAAGGUUUCGUGGUGAUGAUGUCGAACCUGAUGGAACUGUACUUCUACAUGGAUGAGGCCGGCAUUGUGCCAGAGGAACCGGUUACGCUGACGCUCGCAAAUGGAGACGUUGUAGAGGCGGCACCACCUGUAUGGGGAAUCGAUAUCAAGUGUGGCAAGGGUACGGACUUCAGCUACGGUCCCUGGGCAGAUAGGCAGCGAGAUCAUCUGUUCAAAUUCUUCUUUCCACCCGAUUAUCAACCAAUGUCGGUGACGAAACCACCCAAACCCGGUGAUCGACGUGAGGUGCGAUCGUUCGAUAUCAGCCUAUGCACGCUGAACGAGGCAACGAUCGACGUAUUGUUUUCGAAGAACAAAGAAACGAACGCCGUGCAUGUUAACAUUGGCGCUGGGUCUUAUCUGGAAGUGACGCUGCCAUGGAUAAUUCUGCAGGAUGGAAUGGCCACGAAAGUGACAGGGCAGUUGCUUCACGUGGAAGCAACGACCAGUUUACAGUAUCGCAGUCUGGCCGAGUGUGAAACAUUGCAGUUUAAUGUUAAAGUACAUUAUCCAAUCAAAUGGAACGAUCAUCAAGAGUGGACUAUCAAUCUGACCGGGAGCAAAGCAACGGCUUACAUUGUGUUCUCACAUAAGGAGUUCUUCCAAGAUUUGAUCGAAGAUUGGGCCUCAAAGGCCCGGCCAGAUAUUCUCAGCUUCGUACCGUACACGUGGAAAUUUGGAGUCAUCCUGAAGGAGUUCGAAAUUCUAACCCUUAGCAACGAGUUUAAUUGGAUCGAUUGUUCUAGUACCAACCAGGAAAACCAUCAUCUCGCCUUCUGUGGUGAUCUUUUCGAUUUAAGCUUUUCGCUUCCGUUCGAUGACUUCCUGCCGGUUAAGCUCCCGAUCGUGUUCUGGAUCCACGGAGAAGGGCUAGAUCUGAGUAUGUACAUACCCGAGAUAUCAAGCAGUCGACCAAUCCUCUUGGCACUGGACGAAAAUGCGCGCAUUCUCACACGUGACGGCAACGUGAAGAAACGCUCCGAGUUGAUCAACAAAAAGUGGCGCCGUGUGUGUCAACGAGCAAUCGGUUGGAUUGACUGCUGGACCGUGCCCAUAGUGGCACUUUCGAUCAAGUACAUCUACCAUCCGAUGCCACCAUUAGGGCCAGACCCUCAGGCUGAUAUAACGACACCGGAAAAGGAAGAAAUACUGCUCAGUCCGAUGCGCAUACCGAAAAUGCGUAAAUCACCUGCAAUCGCGUGGACCACGGUCGGUGAAGGGGGCGCACCUCGUUUCGAUCCGACCAGCUUACCACCGGAUCAGGUAUCGGUGGAGCUUGAAAUCGGAUCCUCGGUUAUGCUGGCUUAUGGUGCGAUUCUGCGCAACUUCAUCCACUUGAAGGAGAACAUUUUCGGUGAAGAUCAAUCGUUUACUGAUAUGGAAAAUUCGAACAGUAAAAAUGCGUCACGCAGUAACCCACUGGCUAGUGGACUUGGCAAAUCCUCGGGUUCCACAAAAGACGAUCCCUCGAAAUCGCUCUCCGAGACGAGUUUAAAUCCGGACGAGAAACCAAAGCGCUUCGACCCGCGGCUAUACCGUCCGCUCGAGGUUAUCGUUAGCGUAACGAUACACGACCUACAGGCACACGUUAUGAAGAACUGCAAUGAAAACGAUCCACCUUGCCCUAUUGUAUUGAUCGAACGACUAGGGUUCGAGAUGAAGAAACGUUUCUAUGAAACGGAGCUACAGGUGCUUGUAAGUCCAUCCUUUAUCAUAUCAUCUGAUAAUACGAUUCGUCCGGGCAAGGACAAGCAUUUGCGACAGGGUCAUCUGUUGCUCUCGGCCGUACAGGUCAGAGGGCAUGCGAUGUUCAGCAACGAGGGACGCCAACUGGAGGAAGAAACACUCGAGUACGCUUGGCUGCUGGAAGUACAACUCGGCAAGCUCUCCGGUAAAAUGACCCUAUCACAGCUUUGCAAUGUUGUAACGGGGUUGGAAACACUCGUCUUUCUUACGAUGGAUUCGGAGAAUGAGCUGAAAUCACCAAAAACUGUGCGCUAUUGCCAUCACGGUGUACCAUCAAGCUCGUGUCCCCACACGAAAGAAGAUGCCAAAUAUCGGUGUCCCUCAACAGAGGAUAUCAAGUACCGGAUGACGCGAGUUGCCGUCGAUGCGGUAGACCUAUAUUUGAUUGAAAACGGCACGGCCAUGCACACGUGGAUAUCACCGAUUCGUAUGGCCACGUGUAACUUACAUGGGCAGCAAGUAAAGUCUGGCAUAACUGGUCUCAUUCCUACUAUACUACUGCGACAGUUUGUCUCCACCGGAGGACACUUCAGUCAGUACAGCAGUGGUAAUUCGCACAGUAACACCAACACUACCGGUAGUAGCCGUUCGGCGAAGCUACAUCAUCAGAACUCGACCAAACAUGUGUCCGAGGAUGGCUAUCGAAAGACGUCCGACGAAACGGGUGCGAUUUAUCGGCGCAAUAUGGAUGACGGCGGGCCGAUGAUUUCGUCCACAGGAUCCGGCUCGUCAGCUGGUGUGCUUAAGUCUGGAAGGCGUGACAAUGCCGUGGAACCACCUUAUCCACAGCAUAGAAAAGAUUCAAAGGAACAUAGGGACGAUCCUUACGGUUCGAUAUCGAGUCGGAAGGGUCGUGAUCGUUCGGACGAUCCAUCCAUUCACUAUCGGCGCGAUAAGGAGGAUCCGUAUGCGUCACUUCAUUCGGCUCGCAAUAGUGGACGAGAUAUUGAUUCUAACGAACCAUGGUUAGAGGUAGGUUGUGUGUCACUGGGACCAAUUAUUCUAGAAGCAGCAUCGGCAUUGCCCAUACCAGAACAUUGUUUACAUUUGGUGCAACAUAGCUAUUUGAAAGUACACGAUGAAAAGAACAAAAAAUUGUGGUUCCUCUGGUCCAGCAGUACAGACCCGGUGCGAUGCGGCUGUGUUGGUGGUUGCGUUUUCUUCGGCACUAAUCGCAAUGGGCCAAGAUUCUUCAAACCAUGUGCUCAAGAUAUCCAGGAGUUUAUUAAUAUCGCACGCUACCAUAUCCACCCAAACCCGCGAGAGUAUGGGUUUGGUCAGAGUUUACUACACGAAGGUCAGCUCGUGUUCCACACGCCACCGUACAGUUUGCAACCAGUCUCCCUGCAGGAAUGCUAUGAGUACAUCGGUAAACCAAAUCUUCAUCGCUCCGGACAUCGGCAUCCACCCGCGCAUGGUGGCGGAGCACCGUCUGCCUGUUGUGGCACCACACUCGACAGCAAGUCACCACAUCUGCCACAAAAGCAUGAAGCGAUGCUGGCACAGAAAACGACCUCGGCAGAAAUUUCACCCAGCAAUACUCUUAUUCGUGGCGGCAGUGGUGGGGUUUCCACUGGCAGUGGCGCGACAGCAAUGCCGGGAGCAGGCCCCGGAGAACGAUCCGGUAAAUCUUCGCUGGAACGAGUAAAGGAAAAAGAUGUCGGAUCACCGCUCGGAUCGGACCGUGCUCGUGGACGUCGAUUUUCGUACACAAGUGGAAGGCAAAGCACCAUUCCACAUGACGUUCCGUACUGUCGGUUGUUGGACUCCAGUCCAAAAACAACCACAAACAGUUCGAAGGUGUCAACGCCGACGCCAAGCCGAUUGGAUGGGACUGAAUCACGGUUGCUGACGCCGAAAGGUUUCAAGGUGCUACAAUCUCAGGCGAGCAAAUCAUACGCUUCCGACUCACGACUGACAGUGGACAACUAUUUGCAGGGUGAAAUUGAGGGUCCAUUCACGGCGGAAGAUCACCAAACGCAUUUACAGCAGUCUACAGCUCAUCUGCAUCAUCAUCAUCAACAUCAUCAACACUACCAAGGGCAACAUCAUCACUCCCAGUACCAUAAUCAGCAGCAGCAACAACAGCAGCACCAUCAUCAGAUGAUGCUGGAAAUGUCUCAUUCGGCUCCAUCGCCUGGGCACCCACUGGCGUCCGAUUCGGAACAAUCGCUCGGUGGAAUUCUUCCCACCGGUUCAACCAUACGUCCGAUGCCCUCAGACGAUGUUAUAAUGCGCGAUGUCCAGCGUACCGUUUCGCUGACAUCGGAGAACCCAUCGGAAGCGUUCUUUUCGGCGGACGAAGAUCUUCACGCGUCGCGAAGUUCCAGCCUCAAGGCCGGUGUUGUCGAUCAUCAUCCCCAUCCGGUAGCGAUACAGAAGAAACGCUUUGCAUCGGAUUUAAGCAUCGUAGGACCGAAUGAGCUCGAGGGAAGGCUUUCAACGCAUCGCAGCGAUUACGAGAUCCACACGCCCGAACAUCGAAGCCUUCCGAUGAGACCCCAGUCAACUGCUGAGCUGAACGAAGAGGAACGGCGUCUCCACGGUCUAGCGACACCGAUGCGUAAGUUUAGCAACAUUUCACCACGGCCCGAGUUCCGUCACUUUAAGCCAGUUUAUGAUGUUGAUCCGCAAGACUCAUCGGAAUCCCAUUCGCUCUCUUCAAGUUCGUUCAUAUCUGCACUAUCAUCGCAGGAGGACAUCACGCUGGUAAAUCUGCAUAUGCAAAUUAACCGACCGAUCGUCGACUCCCCGCUACUGAUGGCCAGCUAUGUAACGCAUCUGGCGCAGGUUCGCUGCUCAAAUUGGUCACACUGUUCGAUGCCGUUGGGAGCGGACGCAUUCUCCAUGCCCCUGUUCCAGCAAAAUGAAGACGGCGGUCUGGUGUACAUUGGUGGUAAACUAAUACCGCACUUUGACACUUACGCCAACUGCCGCGAGGUGAAGAUUGUAUCGCGGUAUGAUGUACCGUCGGCGGGCAGCGGUGUUAGCAGUAAUCUAUCGGGUGCCGGGACAGGUGGAUUUUCCACCCUGCCCAAACCACAUCCAUGGGACCCGAGCGUACUGGUGCGGAGUAGCUUCGAUAAACAGGAAAGCAAGGAAGGCGAAAAUGAAUUUCUCAGUUCGCAAGGUGAAAUAGCGACACGUAACUCGAUUGUGGUUCGUUUCAAGGGACAGGUGGACGUGAUGUUAACACCGCUUCUAUUGGAAGGAUUGCAAAGAAUGAUUGAAUCGUUGACACCAACCCUCGCUACAUUGCAUCCACUGACCGUGGUCAACGACAUUCAUGCAUCGUGCGUGAGAAAAGUUCAAGCCGUGAAUAUAUUGAAGCGCGAUCAAUCGCUAAGCUACUGGUCACAGGUGCACUCAAACUCAAAACGAUCCACGGCGGAACGCAACCUCCAGGGUCCCGGUGGACCGGUCCUGACGGACGUGUACGAAGAAAGCAUAUCCACCCAAGUGCAGGGUUUGAUCGUGCUGCCAAAGAUCAACGUUACCCUUAUCCAGAGCUCAGUUGUUGAGGAAGUGAUAUCAUUCGCUGCGCUCGAUAAUGUCCAGGAGCUUAGCUGCGCUUCCUUGUUGGCCGUGUGUUUCGAAGGCGUUUCGACACGGUUCCAUCUCGGCAAAACAACGAAAGCAUCCAUGCACACGGUCUAUACGCAACCUACCGUUCGAUCGGGCGGGUUAAAGAAAAGUGGCCUAAUUCGUGGAACACGCGCACUGUUGGCACACCUGUCGUCCCAAACCCGUCCUGAUAAUGUGCCCGGUGAGCCAAUACUGUUGGAAACGUCGGAAAAACAGCUGGAGGAACUGAUAAUUACGCUCGACAUCGGCAAAGCACACGCUCAGCUUCGGCGUUUGAAGAACGAAUCGGCCAACCUGCCCGAUUCGCAAAUCGUGAUAACGGCCAUACCGUCUCACCGUAGUCGGGCAAUGUUUGAUUGCACACGAAUGCCGGAAGAUUCGUCGGCCACCACCCUGGAAGCCAGUAGCUCCAGCGGGCUGGGCUUUAUUAUGUUCGAAGGUGGAUUGGAAGGUGUUAGCGUUAAAAUUGUGAAACGAUCUCAGUUUGAAAAAUCGGAAAAUGCGGAAGAAACGCUCAAACCCGAACCGGAAACGAUCGCCACGGCGACGGUUCAUUCCGAUGCGAAUCAGAACAGCAUUACGCUGAACAAUCCACUGAACUUGGUUACAUUGCUCAAUGAAGCGGGCGGUAACAUGGCAGCGGAAGCGUUGGCCAAGUUUGGCAUGAAAAAGCCCGGCACACCGAAGUCGGCCGGUGGCAGUGCGAAGGAUCGUUCGUCGCUGUUCGACAUUAAAUCAAAGGAUAAGAUUACCACCACCACUACCACUACUACUACUACGACAGCAACGAUCAUUGGAGAUGGUGGCAAAACAUUCAAAAUGAACAUUGUGCCGGAUGAAAUAGAUGCGAUGCGAGGAUCAUUCAUUAGCGAUGGUACGCUACCAACGACAGUCGGUCAGCAGCCGAUACAACCGACAGCGGGUCAUUCGGCCAUUCAGAGUGGCGUGCAGGGUACAAACAAUGGACAAGGUGCCGGAUCGGCUACCAAUGUUGGCCAGCAACAUUCAGCUACAGCCGCCAAUGGAUCAAAUGCUGAUCCAAUGUCUUCAAAAGCCGGUGGUGGUUGUAACGCUACAGCCGGUACUGUUGCCCCUUGCAGCAACGAUAAUGGGAAGACGUCUUCGUGCGUGAUCGAUUUCAAAACGGUUUGGUUUAACUUUGCCGCUCCGCCACGAACACCCAUCACACGGAAGAUUGACUACACACGACUAGACUGGAAUUUGCUGUCUACGGCCUCGCCCGCUAUCACGGCAUGGAUGAACCCGUGCAAUCGCUUCGCCAUUAAGGUGGUCGCUCUCAUGAAAGCGAUGUACAUUCGUCGAACUGCCGUGACGGUCGCACUGAUGGCGGAUGCGUGGGAACGUCCUUCGCUGCACCGUCCAGUCAAGAGCCGGUACGGUGGCAAGUUUACACCGCUCGCCAAAACACUGCAGGAAGAUCCAAGCUGUCAGCUGUGUACGGUGUUGCAGAAAUUUGUACUCGAUGAAACGGCGGCCAAGAUCGAGUGUAUUCUUAAGCAACAAUAUCUGCCACAGUUGAGCAUAAUGCGUCAGGCUGUCAUAGUUCUGAGCAGACAGUGGAAAAACGUGCUCUACAAUCCGAUGCUGUUCGAACAUCAGUACAAAGGAAAGCUGGCAAAACCGGUCAACGUAACAUUCGCCCUUCCGCAAGAUGAGGACGCCGAGGAUACGGAUGACAUUGAUACGGAUAACUAUCCGGUGGGGGUACGCGAAAACCAUCCGCUACUCGGUGAGGAAAAUGAACACACGAUGCUGCUUGGCCAGUGCAUACAACAACAACAACAACAACAACAGCAACGUCAACAGUCAGCCGCAUCGGCAACAUCCACGGUACCGACGCAACAUACCGGUGGGCAGCAACAUGCAUCGCUUCAUGUAAUCAAAAUGCCCGAAGAACCGCCGGUCCCGUCCGCGGCGGCAGUGCACAUGGCCGCCGCAAAGCUGGGCGAUUCCCUUAAUACCUCUCCCAGUACCACUAACAACUCGCACAACAAGCUGCGGAAGAAAUCGUCGGUAAAAAGUUUCAUUCCACCGGCAGCGCCACCGUCGCGUGCUAGCAUACAGAUGUUCCCGAUCAUCUUCGACAAACAGGACCCGGUCGGGGUGGAGUACGGUGCGCUACGGGAAGGUUCCGCACCGUCCGUAUGCAGCUCGUCCGAUUCCAUGGAUAAGCCGUGGACGCCACCGGCCAACCACAAGGAGGAUCUGUACUCGUGGAUGGCAAAGCAGCAGAGUGAAAGUACUAAGCAACGAGAAAAGGAGAAAACUACCCAAAGCCGUCCCACUUCGCAAAACCGUCCGGCUAUCCAUUCGGUGAAGUAUAUGCAGGAUAAUAAUCGGAUACUGGAUGCGCAUCUCAUUUUCGAACCAAUGUUAACUUGCCUUGGCGUCAUGCCUCAGCAAAUGAUUAACAACGUCUCCAGCAAGGAUGUGUCGUCCCUGGAAAGCUUGGGUACGAACCUUUCGUUGGUUUGUUCGUUCGAUACGAUCCGUAUCGACAUUGUCGUCAGUGAGGCGGGCGAUAGCAAAAAGCCACCCAAGCAGAAAGAUCCUAAAAAGCGAGGCAAUGGGAAAUUCACGAUUAUCAUGCCGGGCGAGCAGCCGGCGUUCCUGUGCGAGCAGGUAGGCGUGGAAUUGGAGGUACGGAAGAUGACGGACGGCUUCCCGGACGACACGAAACCGGCCAUGUUGUACGUUUCGCGUGGCCAGCUAAAGAAACACACGAGCACGGUGAUCAACUUCAGCCUGAACGUGCGCUACAUCUCGCAGCAGGUAAACAUGCCGCUGUUGCGUUUGUUGCAUCAAAUCACGAAUAUGUACCAAAACGUGAAGGAUGCACAGAAUGAGCUGCGGGAGGCCCACCCGGAGAACGGUGGUAAGCGUAGCGCGCCGCUUAAAGAUGAAUCUAGCCUUGCGUCGGAGAUAAACGAUCCAACGCUGAUGGGGUCGCUUAACGAACCGCUGAUGGCACACAUUGAAACGUCCGGUAUAUUUGACUACACCGAUGAGCGGUACGAUAAGUUCAACGAGGACAUCUCGACAAUGCGCCACGAGUUGCGUCACUCAAUUAGCCGUAGCAAGAUGCCUACACUUGGGCCAUUGAUUCCGCUCACUCCGUCGCCAAAUUCGCGCAACCGACCGCACAGCUUUGCACAGAAACUACGUAGCACUAGCAAAACGGUAAAGGGAAAGCUAGGCUAUACGAACCUCAAUGAAACGAUCAACACACCGAUCAAGAUGAGUCCGACGACGGGUGGAUUUUCCUUUGCCGAUGCUCAAUCGAAACAGUCGCUUGAGGCUAAAAAUUCCCUUACCGGCGCACCAUCGAGUACGUUCGGAGAUUACACAGCACCAUUUGAUCGGUCCACUUUCACCGGUCCUAUUCACAGCAUUCUUGAUACACCUAAAUGUUGGAAAACGGUUUACCACUUGCUCGCUAUUUACUCUGCAAUGCCGGAAACAAAAACCAUUACUCAUCGUGUUUCCAUUUCGCCUGAUGCAGUGGAACAGAUCAAGGCUAGAAAAUAUAACUUAUUGCAUGAAAGUAAGAAUUUGCGCGACGAGGAGGAACUUGUCGGUGGACACGGAACAACGGGUGGUAAUGGUACGGUUAAGGACGUGGGUGUUAUAACACAGGAGCGAACACGGUUGGUUGUGUUCGGCGUGGCAAAGAUACACCGCACUAGACUGCUUGCGUCUUUGAGCGGCUUGAAGUUGGAAGCGGAAAUAACUGCUCUCCACAGUAGCACAACCUGGCGUAAGAAAUCACGGCCAGCAUCCCUUGAAUGCUCGCUCACUGGACAAGUUGGUAGAGCAAUGAUUGUGCUGCUGGAAGGAGCACAGCCGAAUCAACAAACCGUGGUGAAGGUUUCGAUUGGUAAAAGUCAAACACUCUACUCCAGCAUAACGCGACGUGGUAAGGACAAAAACAAUGGACUGCUUUCUAUCGGUAUCGUCAACGUGGACAUCCCGCAGCAUCCUGUUGCUCUUCACGGUAUGAUGACGCGAAGUUCCAAACAGAUUUCAUCCACGCUACAAGAGCUUAGAGUGACGCGCACCUCGGCACGUUUAACGCGCCAAAACGAGGAACCAGAGUCACCGCUGCACCACCAUCAACGUGAUGCACGCGACAAAGCAACACCGUCUGCUACCACCAAUCAGCGCAAGCACAGCACGGCUACGGUACGGACGAUGACGGGUGCAACGACAACGGCAGGAAAUAAUCCGAGCGGGCUGCUACAGCCGCUCGUCAUGCAGUUCAACAUUAUACUGCAAAGUUUGUCCAUCAGUGCGGCGUUGUUACCCUCGCUACAGGCACAGUAUAAAAUGGAUCAUGUCACUUCGACCGGUGUAACUGGUAGCAAAGCGAAAUUUACAGUCGAUUUACCGAACCAUUCACUCAGUUUUACCACCAAAAUACAAACUACUGAAACGAACCUGCCGUCGGAAGCGUGCAUUGCGUUGCCACCGGUGCACGUUAGUGCCGAGUACGUCUCGGAAAGUACCACCGAAGAGGUACCAAUCGAUGGUGUCGUAUUGCGACAGGGUGGAUAUCUUGCAGCAUCGGCCGAAAUCGGUGUAUUUGAGCGGUGCCUCACAACCGAUUUGCUGAACCAUUUGGUGUUCGUGCAGAAAGUGUUCAUGAAGGAAGUGAACGAGGUGGUACAGAAGGUGUACGGUGGAGAAAAACCGGUCCCACUCUGGUUAGAAGAAUCGGAAGACAAUGGAAACACGAUCAAGCGUAUCCUGUUUUCGCUGAACAUUCGCGUGAAGCGCAUACAGCUAACCGCAACGACACCGUGCUCGUCCGCAGUACGCUUCGAAACGGGUCAGCUCGAACUGCAUCUGUCCAAUCGGGUGAAAAACAUCGCAGACGCUUCCAACACAAAGCUCUUCGGUAAAGCGCAAAUCGAUUUGAACCUAUCCCUGGGCCAAAUUAUUAAAAACAUCAUCUUCGACGAGGCGGAACCAGAGUUCCAGCAGCAUGCAUUUUUCAACACCACCAUCGGGUUGCGAAAUGCGUUCCAGAACGAGAUGCUUAAUGACGACAAAGAGUUGGUGCUGAUCACGCUGAAGCGACCAUUGAUUUACGUGCAACCGAUAGCGGUGGACAAAGCGAUACUGGUGUGGUUGAACUACAAGAACGCGUACGAGUAUUGGACGGAAAAACGGGCCAACCUUAACAAAGAAGUCCUGAUGGCAACGCAGCAGGUGCUGGAAAAGGUACCAUUCGGCCAGAUCAGCCAUCACCUGGCAACGACGGCGAACCUGUCCACUCUGUUCCUACAGCUGACGGUCGAAGACAUGGGAAUUUGUUUGCCCCUGAAUCAACCGCCCCAAAUCUGGGGCAACCGUUCGGUGCAAGAUUUCGAGCAAAAGGGAGCUGUAGUCAUUACACUGGAGAAUACGAUAAUUUCGGCCUGUAGUUCCGGAUCGCUCGUAUCGAAAGGACGCUUUGCUGGGCUGUGUUUGCGAUUUGCAGAGGAUUUCGAUUCCUCACUCGACGAGUGGAAACCCAACAUGAACGAUGCCAGCAUUAUGAACCUUUGCGUAGUUUCCGAGGGAACGUAUGAAGUGUGUUCGCGCACGAUUGCCGCCAAACAUCCAGACAAUGCGAAAUGGUUUUUGAACGUGAAGUGGCAGAUGGAAGGCGUCGACAUUCAUCUGGAUGUAAACAUUGGCAAGCAGCUGUCGGCACUCGGGCACACCCUGACCAUGCUCACCGGAUCGGAAGAUGACGAACCGAUAUCGUCUGACACGCCAGACAGCGACGACAUAGACGCUUCCGGGCAUCAGAGUGGAAAAGAUUCAAAAUCGCGCAAAUCGGUGGAUUCGUUACCGUCCUUUCUGUUCGAUACAACUUUGGAUCCGAAGAAGCGGUCACUGUUGAUGGAGAAUGAAAUCAACGAGCAAACGAAAAUCGUUAACGACUUCCGUACGCUGGGCGCGUCGGCGAAAACAAUCGAAAAUGAAGAACGACGGUUACAGGAACUGCAGGCGGUGUACUACAAAUAUUUCCGCCGUGAUAUGAUACAGAAAUGGAAGCGUCCAGCUAUGCGCAAACCAAUGUUGAAGGCAGCGAAUCGGUCCCGUUCUUUCGUUGCUCCAUCUCCAACCAGAGAAGACCUAAUUGACGCUGGGUGCAUCGAUGGCGUCAGUGGGCAUACAGGGGCAGGCGUUGGUUGUGGAACCAGCAGCGUAAUGGAUGCAUUCACUGGCAGUGAAGAUAUGAGCAGCCUGCAAGAAUCACCCAACUCGGGACCAUCACGGACCGCUUCCUUAAGAGUAAAAAUUCCUCCCAACUCUUCUCGCGUAACGUUCAGCGAAACGAUGCGCCAAUCGUCAUUGCCUAGCGCCGACUCCGAUGUGGCAGCUUAUUCCGAUUCCGGGCUUGAUUGGCCGCGGUAUGACUCCAGCUCGGUCACGUCGGACGUACCGCAUUUGCUCGAGAUCGACGGCGAACAGGUGGAGCUGCGCAAGAAAAGUCCCAGUCAUCCGCAGAAACAACAGGAGCCCAACAUAGAUUUCGAACUAGAUAUUAAGGUGUUGGUCAAUUCGGGCAAAUGUGUACUGCAUACCAAAGAUAUCCAUGAUGAGCGGCUUUCGUCGGCAAUGCCAGGUGGCAAUAAUAGUAACAGUAGUAAUGCUAACGCUGCGAUGGCUGGCAACAACAGCGCGUCUAUGGCUGGUAAACACCAUAAGCGAGAGCGAAGUACUGGUGGAGCGACAGACUGGGGUAGUCCUAUUCCUCCACGUCGCAAUAAGGAUAAAUCACGGCUAAAGUACAACACGACCCCAUACACGGCACUCGUCGAUUUAACCAUUUUCCACAUUCCUGGGCUGGACGUGAAGCUUCAGUAUCAAUCAAAAACCGUUGGUGGUGACGAUGCUUCUCCGCGUCUAAGUACGACCGAUCCAUUCGGUGUAUCGCGCAAGCUCGCAUCGAAACGAGCCACUCUUUUCGCCUGGAUGACACUACAGAGCAUUCCCGAAGAAACCAUCAUUUCUCCCCACAUUUUGGAAUUUUUGGAACAAACGCUCGAACCAAUACCUUCCUCGAAGGGAACAGGCGGAGUAUCUGGAAUGGGUGGUGGUCAUGGUGCGAACGGUACGAACGGUGUGAAUGUUGCUGGAGUUGCAGCAUCCGGUGGAGGAGUUUCAAAUCCAGUGAAUCUACAAAUGCUGGAACAUAAUUACGCAGCCGUUUAUGCAAGUUUCCCUGUUGAUGUGGUGGUUUACUUCCACAUGCAACCGUCAACUUUCCGGUUCUCUUGUCUGCCAGUAUCGCGCGUCGAGUGCAUGUUAAAGCUGCCCAGUCUCGACAUAAUAUUCAGCUCGAACCGACAGGAUGAUGAUUCGUCCGCAGCGCAUACCUCUUCCCAGACGGGCGAGUCAACGGCAGUGCCCGGUGGAGACGGGCGUGUAGCCGGCGGGCUAAGCGUGACCGGAUGUUUGGCCGACUUUAACGUCUAUAUAUUCCAUCCAUACGGUGGCAAGAAAAGCAAUCUGAAGGAGGCACAUCAAUUCUCACCGUUAGCUGAUAGUGAACGGAAGGACUCGCUCAGCAUCAACGUGGAGUUUGUGAAGUUUCACAUUACACGCUCGAAGAAGAUUAACAUCGUGGAAACCAGCAUGUCGUCUCGGAAGCAUUCUGACCAAGCGUCCAAAGCUACGAUCCGGUUUUCAACGAUUGUCGACAUUGGAUCCGCAUCAUUUAAGUAUGACAUGCGCCGACUGACGGAGAUACUUGCGUUCCCGAAGGCUUGGUAUCGGCGGAGUAUCGUGCGGCGCAUGUUCCUUGGUGAUUUGGGUAUGCAGCAGACGAGCAUGUGUGAUUUGGAGAUACCAAUCAUUCCGGAGGGUAGCGUAGACGGACAUAGUAUGGGAAGAUCGGGCGCGCGUGACGCUGCCAUGGAUAUGGAGAGCAGAUUGGGCGGGCGCGGAGAAAACAUGAAUCGUGAACGUUUACGUCUAAGUCUGGAGAAUAUCGGCAUGGGAACGACGGGUGGCAGUGGCGGAAGCAGUGCGUCCUCAACAGCCAGGAUAAAGGAUCAAAAGUCCUCGAGCCUUGAUUCCACCUCGUCGCCAUCGGACGUAAAUCAGGUCACGUCCUGGGAAACAUUGGUGCUGUUUGCGAUUAACUUCACCAAGCUCAACGUGCAGAUGAACAUGGGCAACGUGAUGGGCAAUAUCGUGUGGCUAACGAAGGCUUUCCGUAGCGACGGUCGGCUGAGCAUUGGCAGCACGGGCCAUAAAAACAUGUACAUCGGCGUCGGACUCGGUGGAUCGUCGUUGGAUGCGAAGGGAGGCAUCGUCGGUGGUACGAUCGAUCUGAACCGUAUCGAUACGUACAUCCACAUCCGUGAGGAUCCCGGCUCGGAACCGGAUCAUAAGGUUGGCAUUAAGCUGAUGGCGCUGGAGCUGAAGUUCGACUACAUGGGCACGAGCGUGCUGAUGACACGCGUCAGUUCGUUGAAUGCGCAGCUGCGAGACGAAUGGAAGUUCUCCAAGGAUCACGACUUCGGCAACAAGUUACCAACAAACUAUCCGGCAAUUAUACUGAUCCACGGCGAUCUGUCCUGGGAUCAGCUGCAGAUGAUGAUUUCCAAGUCCACCACCGCCGACAUACUGAAGAUGUUCUACAAGCUCGAGGAAUUCUUCUCGCAGCAAUUCAAAUCGUCCAAGCGUGUGUUUUCCAGCCUCGAACCGCGGCUUGCUAACUCUUCGCUGAGGACAAGCGUGCGGCGCCGGGAGGAGAAAAAAUCGCUCGGAGCCGAAGCAUCGAUUCAUGACGCGCGGCAUCAUCGGCACUGGCAGCGCCCGCUCAAGCAGACGAAGGGACUGUGGCUGUCAACGCUCGGUGUGCCGCUUUCCAACAUCGGUACCGUGCUUGGUGGAACGAUGGAGUUGCACGGCCAGAACAUCUCGCUCGCCUGUUUCCAUGGCAUUAACUUUAAGGCAAAGUCUUGGGCGUUGUUUAGUCUGAAGGAACCGUGCAUUGAUUUUGCAACCGAAGCGCAACACGUUGCAUCGACCGAGGAGGUGCACAUCAUACAAACGCUCACGUUUGGGCUUGGCAUGAACAGCCAACAGCCACCGCAGCAUCACUCGAAUGCAACCGUGGUACGCAUGUCACGGAACGUCAUCUUUCCACCCCAGUUCAAGACAUUGCACGAGUGGUUCCAUUACGCGUUCGCUAAUAGUGAAAUUGAUGGUGUUGAUCGUUUCCCUGUGAUUGAACGAGACAAGGAACACAACACCAAUUCGAUCGAAAGAGCACGCGGUUCGGGUUCAAGCUCAGCGCCUCACCAGAAGCUCCAGGAUCCGAACCACAAUCGAGAGGUGAUCUUUGCUCUACCAAGCUUGCAGUUACACUUCAAGACGGAACAUUUGCAAGGCAUUUCAACUCCUGAUACAGCGCAAGAUAAACCAAUGGUGGAGUGCAGCUUCAUUACGGCGUUCGAGGAUCACAUCUUCGUAACGGUUGACGCGGAUGCAUUUUUCUUUCUGCAUGAUCUCAUUACUUCUUACCUCAGCGAGAAAGAAAAAGUGCUCGGUACAAUUUCGAACAAUCGUUCGUCCUCUCCAAAUCCUGUUAACGUGACUCCACCACCACCUGCCAGUGGAACACCGGCCGGUCUAUCGGUGCUCAAAUCGGCUCAUACACUGAAAUCGAGUACGUCCAACUUGAUGUCGGCGGCGGCUCCCUCUAUGUCGUCCCUUGGUACGCAAGACUCGACCUCUAGUCAAUCGAUUGCCAACGGUGGCGGUAGCUCGGUAGAAUUGAACGAAGUUGGCGGGUCCCAAAUUGGCGGCACCACACCCGGGGCGACGCCGUUGGGCACAAAACCAACAUCCCGUUCGGUAGAUGAUCCGAAGAAACCGAUCGCUAGUACCGUCUCCAGUUCUGCAAGCGCAUCGAGCGGUGUCGGUGGAACCGGACCGAAGCACGUGAAUAUUGUGGUGGAAAAGUCGGACCUUGAAUCGUUCAUGCGAACCGAUUGGCGACAUUUCAACUGCAAAACGUGGCACCUGGAACCGACUGUGCGGUUACUUUCAUGGGCUGGCAAAUCGAUUGAACCGUAUGGUAUCGAUUAUAUUCUGAACAAGUUGGGAUUCAGCCAUGCCCGUACUACUAUCCCGAAAUGGCUUCAACGCGGUUUUAUGGAUCCGUUGGAUAAAGUGGAGGCAUUGUUGAUGUUGCAACUGCUGCUGAUGGUGAAGGAUAAUGGCACGUCGGACGAGAAGGACUCGAGUAAAUGAAUCGAGCAACCGCUGGAUGUGGGUGUCCUAUUGCGUACGCAGCGAUACGGUGACUAAAUAGCCUACUAAGAUUUGUUAAUUGGCAUGUGGUACAAUCUUAUCUGACUGGUGUUGCUUUUUAUAGCCUCUUAGCUAUGUAAUAAGACUCGGCCACAUCUGUGUGCAGCCGGUUUCGGUUUAGCCGCAUUUAAAUUUUCCGCCUAGGGAAUUGACAACCCAAUCCGUCGCUCCGUUGCACGGACUAUGUUUGUUUAUCUCAACGUCUGCUCAACUAUAUUUAUCCGUUUUCUUUUUUUGUAUGCGAGUAUACACACAACCUUAACCAAUAUCUAGUCCAAAUUGAGUGUGCUAUCAACGGACGCAUAUGGCUUCAUAAAAAUCUUCAUCCCUGUGUAUGGACAAAUGGACAAUGUGGUAUCUGAAAAUCAGUAUCCGUAUCAGUAGAUGCAAAUGCAGAUGAAUGAUGGAAAUGCAAAGAUAGUUUGCCAGGUCUCGCUGUAUCUACGUAUACACCCAAAAGAGGAGCUAUUAAUACGAUCUUUAAUAAACGGUAAAACAAAUUCAACAUUCGAUUAAU